UGCUUGCCUGGCUCCAGUAAUUAUUGGGGGGCCACAAAUCGGAGUGAGAUCAACACGCUGCCCCCCCUAACCCGGGCGGAACCGUACCAAGGAGCUGCCCCGGCCCGGGCGGGAGGCGACCGCGCAUUGGGGACAGGAUGCGGCUCUGGGUGCUGGCCGCCCUCGUCGGCGGCGCGGCCCCGCGGGACCGCGAAGGGGCCCGCCCCGCCGGCGCGCGCCGUCGGCGGCUGAGCGACUCCGCCACCUUCAAGCUGCUCGCGACGCGGACGGCCUCGGACGCCGCGCCCCUGCGCAACUACGGCUUCGCGGUGGGCGUCGACGGCGACACCAUCGUGAGCGGGGCGCCCGGCUGCGACCCCGCGCUGCCUGGACAGGAAUCUUGCCCCAUAAUUAUUGGCUCGGUCUACGUCCUCCGAGCGAGCGACGGCGAAGAGCUGUUCAAGCUGACGGCCGCCGACGGCGCGGCGGGCAACUUCUUCGGCGAAUCCCUGGCUAUCGACGGAGACACCGUCGUGGUCGGGGCCCGAGGCGACAACAACGUAACGGGGGCGGUCUACGUCUUCCGCGCGAGCGACGGCGCACAGCUGGCCAAGCUGACGGCCUCCGACGGCGCUGCGGGCGACCACUUCGGCCACUCCGUGGCGAUCGACGGAGACACCGUCGUGGUCGGGGCCAGAGGCGCCAACACCCAAACCGGGGCGGCCUACGUCUUCCGCACGACCGACGGCUGGGACACGUUCGCCGAGGUGGACAAGUUGACGGCCUCCGAUGGCUCUUAUGAGGACCUCUUCGGCCAAUCCGUGGCCAUCAGCGGCGCCACCGUCGUAGUCGGGGCCAGCCAAAGUCGGAAAAUCCCGGAGGGGUAUUGCCCCUCCCUCGACUGCUCGGGCGCGGCCUACCUCUUCCGCACGAGCGACGACGGCGCCACGUACGGUCAGAUGGCCAAGUUGACGGCCACAGACGCCGAGGGGGGCGACAGCUUUGGCUGGUCCGUGGCCUUCGACAGCGGCACCGUCGUGGUCGGGGCCCACAGCGACAACGACGCCUGCACCGACAAUCCCCUCUGCAACUCGGGCUCGGCCUACGUCUACUCACUGAGCGAUGCUGGCCUCGUGUACACCAAGCUGACGGCCCCCGACGCCGCGGCGGACGACUACUUCGGCGUCUCCGUGGCCAUCGACGGUGAAACUAUCGUGGUCGGAGCCUACGCCAAGAACUUCGGCACGGGCGCGGCCUACGUCUACCGCACGAGCGACGACGGCGCCACUCACGAUCAUUUUGCCAAGCUGACAUCACCUGGAGCGAUGGGCGACGCCUUCGGCAUCUCCGUGGCAGUCGACGGCACCUCCGUCGUGGUCGGGGCCGGCCAAUGGCUCAACCUCGGAUCGGGCUCGGCCUACGUCUACGAGGAGAAUCCUCAGAAGACUGCGUCUUCGAGUCAGUCGGCCUACAAUUUAACCUCGGACGCGGCGCGAUCGCUCCCCGCCGCCGCGACCCUCCUCGCCGCCGGCGCAGCUCUCGCUUUCUAGGCGGCACGUGGACCCCCAUAUCGCCCCCGUAAAUUUUAAGAAUACCAACUCGAC